UUAACAGAUAAAAACGAGCUAUGUAAUUUUCAAAUAAGUCUUGCUCAAAUUUUUCUCAAAAAACAAAAGAUUUCAUCAAUGCUGUCGAUUCAGAGCACAGAUUUCAAUAAAUAAUAAGCAAAAAUUUUCACUGAAACAUUCUCACCUGGUGUUUUUAUUUCAUAAUGGAUCUUGAACACAUCUUUCAGUUAAAAGGAACUGAUUCCAAUAGAAUCGAAACAAGUUCAUCGAAUGAAAACCGGAAUGAAUUUGAUGAAAAAGUACAUAUCAUGUGCAUUCUUUGGAAAAGCAACAAAUUAGGAGCAGCAUAUUAUAGUUUAAGCGAUAGUUUGUUUUACGUUUAUGAAGAAUACAUCGAUGUCAGUCCUCAUUUUUCAAUUCUCAAACGUAUAUUUCAAGAAGUUUCACCUAAAUACACCAUAUGUAUUGGAUCUUCUACCGAUGCGUUCGUUAAAUCACUGAUUGAUACAAUUAACGAUCAAGCUCCAAAUACAACAACAUCGGACAUAAGGAGUCUUCCCCCCAAUUUCUAUAUAUUGUCCAUGAAAGAAUACCCUUAUGAAAUAUGCAAGGCAAUAUUGCAACAAGUAGAAAUAGCUUCUUUCCCAGGAGAAGGAACGAGUGACAUUUUGAAAGAAAUGUACAUUCAGUCCCUCAUCAAUUUCGACUGUAAAAUGUCCAUAUACGCUGCUGGGGCCCUGAUAAAAUAUCUAGAUAAAAACUGGGCAUUUUUCUCACCGGAUAAAGAACUGCAAAUACUUUACAUAUACCAAGUAACCAUAAAAAAUCAUGUGCUUAUUGAUUGGACUAGUUUCAAUGCUCUUCAAAUAUUCAAUCAAAAACCACAUGAAGCUGGUUUCAAAAGAGGUGUGCAAUCGAAUAGUAGAGAAGGAUUGAGCAUUUAUAAAUUAUAUUCGUCGCACUGCAAGUCUAGAAUGGGUCAACUUCAUUUGAGGAAUCUUCUCUUAAAUCCGAUUUUCGAUAAAGAGGAGCUGAAUAAAAGGCUAGAUUUCAUCCAAUUCGCACUACAGCCGUGUCAUAAAGAAUUCAUCGAGAGUAUACAAGAUAACAUUAAGAACCUCGUUGAAGUGAACCUAAUUCUGCAAGAAAUUGGAAACUCCAAAGCAAAAAGUGGCAGCUGGCAGAACUUGAACAAAACAAUAUACCAUACGAUUUUGAUAAAUGAGCUCAGCGGUCCUCUGAGAAGCAAAUGUAAACUUUUGACCGACCUAAAUAACGCAAUAAGUUCCGAACUCAUUGGAUUGCACCAGUCUAUUCAGAGUGCUUUCGAUUUUUCAACGAAAUUCAAGGCAGGAAGGCCUAUAAUAAAGUUUGGUAUCGAUGCUGAUCUAGAUGCUAAAAAACUGCAACGUCAAGAUAUAGCCAAGCAUGUGACAGCAGCUGCUAGAAUAGCUGUGGAGGAAUUGCCAGAUUUUCUCACAGAAUGUGCGGUGGUUUACCUUCCAGAGAUGGGGCAUCUAGUAGCAGUCAAAGAAUGGGAACCUAAUUGUAAUCCUGAAGAACUUGGCACAAUCGGCUACAAGUUUAUGUUCACAGUUGGCGGCUCUAUCCACUACAAGAGUCCACUCUGCGUGGAGUUAGACAAAGGCCUAGGAGAUAUAAACGCAGAAAUUGUGGCACACGAAAAUAGGAUUAUUCAAAGGCUGUCCGGUUUUGUCCUGAAAUACAACAAGGAUAUAAGGGAACCUUUGAAAUUCAUUUCACUUAUUGACAGUCUUAUAGCGAUGGCUAGAGUUGCUGCAGAAAAAAACUUCGUGAAACCAACUUUGAACGACGAUAGGGUUCACGAAAUAGAAGACGGGAGGCAUCCAUUGAUGGAGGAGAUGUUUGCCGGUUUCGUGCCUAACAAUUUCUAUUCGGGAGGGAAACACAGCCACGUUAAGAUAAUAACUGGUCCGAACGGAAGUGGAAAAAGCAUUUAUUUGAAGCAAAUUGGAAUCAUCACUUAUCUGGCGCACGUGGGAUCUUACGUGCCGGCCAAAAAGGCCAACAUAGGGGUAACCCACAGUUUGCAUUUCAGGACCGCCACGGAAUCCGUAUCUGUCAGACUGUCGGCGUUUAUGAUUGAUGUAACACAGAUAACUCAGGCGAUCUACAACGCGACACCGUCUUCUUUGGUGAUAAUGGACGAAUUUGGAAAAGGUACUUCCGAUGAUGAUGGGUUAAUUCUGAUGGUGGGUGUUCUCCGAAAAUUUCUCAAAGAGAAUGAAAACUGUUGCCAUAUCUUAGUCUCCACGCAUUAUCAACAAGUCAUGAAAUAUCUGUCGGAAUCGCCACUUUUGGAGUACCAAAAGAUGGGUUACACUCGUAACGCAGAAGAACCGAUGGUGCUGCUUUACAAACUCGAGAGCGGCGUUUCGGAAAGCUUCGCAUUUGAUAUAGCUGAAGAAGUUGGUUUGGAUCCCCGCAUAAUACGGAGAGCGAGAGAAAUUUUCGAUGCUUUGAAAAAUGGUUCUACUAUUAAACCUUUAAUGCUGAGAAAUCAUCCUUGCUAACCUCGUGAUCCCGAUCAAUUGUAGUAAAAGAAAACAUUUCUUUGUUGUCUUUUUGUUUCUACUCAUCACUUCAUCAAUUAUGGUUUUUUGGAAUAA